AGGGACGCAGGUGGAAAGCGUGCACCUUUCCCGGUGGCGCACGCAGCUGCGGGAGAUCUGGGGAUGGGCUCUAGCAAGACGGCCUCCGAGGUCGCCGAGAUGUUGGAUCUGAAGCCCCACCCCGAAGGUGGCUUCUACUCGGAGACCUUCAGGGACUUCUCCAUCACCCUCGGCAAAUCUCAGCUGCCACCCCGCUACAAGGUCGAUCGUCCUGUGAGCACAUCAAUCUAUUUCUUGCUUCCCUCGGGAAGUGUCUCACAUCUGCACCGCAUCCCUUGUGCUGAAACCUGGCAUUUCUACACUGGAGAACCUCUUAUGAUCUUCGAGCUACAUGACGAUGGGCAUAUCGAAUUGACUGUUCUUGGUUCAGAUCUAGAUGCUGGUCAUCGGCCCCAGUACACUGUGACACCGAACGUUUGGUUUGGUUCAUUCCCAACAUUAGAUGUCGCAUCGUUCGCAUCUGAUGGCAGUCUUCUUGUGAAAAGCCCGAAAAGGGAUCCUGAGUCGCAUUAUUCUCUUGUUGGUUGCACAUGUGCCCCUGCUUUCCAGUUUGAGGAUUUUGAGCUAGCCAAGCUCGCUGAUCUGAAAGCUCUUGGUCCCCAUGCAGAACCCUUCCUCAACUACCUUGUUCUUCCCAGCUAAGGAGGCAGAGGUCUAUCUCUACCCUGUGGCACAAGUAUGAGCUAGUUAUCAAAAGCUGAUUUCUGAUUGAGCACUUUGUCAGGGAGUUCUCCAAGUCAGCUGUAGUUCUUUGCUAUCGGAAACAUUGUGAUUCUAAAAGUUCACUUUAGUGAAACUGCAAUACUCUUAAAUUAUAAUUGCCUACUUCUCAAAUGCAUUGAGAUAGUCGACAAAGGUAAUUGGAAAUAAGGUCAUGGCAUGGUCCCGAACUUGUUAUUGUUUUCUU